AAGAAUAUUAAAGCAGUAUCUGAUCAAACUAUUGAACAUUAUAAUAGAGUUCGCCUUGCUUCUCUUACUUCCAAUAGAUUAUUACCCAACACACUUACAUACGUUACUAUAGAAAACUUUUUUACAUCACCAAUUACUUGCACGAUUCUCAAUACCUUUAAAGAUA